CCAAAAAAAAAAACAAAAAUCUGAAGUAUAAAAACCGAAUCGAAAGGCGCAGAGAAAGGAUAGCGAAAACUAAGAUAGAAAGAAUUUAGAAACUGUGAGAGAGAGAGAGAGAGAGAGAGAGAGAGAGACGGAGGUAACAGUCUCUCUUCUUUCAAAUGGAGUCCACACUAUCUGCAACAACCACGACGAUAGCGUUUUGCACUGUCUCCAAAGCCCUAAACCGCAAGCUCUGCCGAACACCACUGAGUCAAUGCCUCUCGAGUCAACUCUUGACUCGCGGUUUCCGAUGCAUUUCCACCAAUUACCACCACGGCAAUCCUUUCGCUUUCUCUUCUUCUUCGCUGAUGAAACUGUAUGCUGCUUCAGUGCCUCCAGUGCGGCGCCGUUUGGAGUGCGUUGCUAGCUCCGCUGCUUCGUUCGCCUCUGGCGGUGGAGGCGGCGGUGGCGGGGUUGGCGGAGAGAGCAGUGGCGGUGGAGGUGGAGGUGGAUCGGACGGUGGAGAUGCGAAGGCGAAUUUGGUUGCCAGUGGAACCCAGGAGGUCUCCGCGUUGCCGUCUGAUGUGAUUGUACUCGACGUUGGAGGAAUGACAUGUGGAGGAUGUGCAGCUAGUGUGAAAAGAAUUCUCGAAAGUCAGCCACAAGUGUCAUCUGCUAGUGUGAAUCUGACGACAGAGACAGCUGUAGUAUGGCCUGUAUCUGAAGCCAAGGUUACAGCGAACUGGCAACAACAGUUAGGAGAGGCACUAGCAAAGCAUUUGACUACCUGUGGUUUUAAUUCUAACCUUCGAGAUUCAGGAAGAGACAAUUUCUUCAAAGUUUUUGAAAGGAAAAUGGAAGAGAAGCGUAGUCGUUUGGAAGAAAGCGGUCGUAAUCUUGCUGUUUCCUGGGCUUUAUGUGCUGUCUGCCUCUUUGGUCAUCUCUCUCAUUUCUUUGGAGCUAAUGCUUCAUGGAUCCAUGCAUUUCACUCCACUGGAUUCCAUCUUUCCUUGUCUUUAUUUACAUUGCUUGGUCCUGGGCGUCAACUGAUCCUUGACGGUGUGAGAAGCCUACUCAAAGGGGCUCCAAACAUGAACACAUUAGUUGGUCUUGGGGCUCUAUCGUCAUUUACAGUCAGUUCAUUAGCUGCCUUGAUACCGAAACUGGGUUGGAAGGCUUUUUUUGAGGAACCGAUAAUGUUAAUAGCAUUUGUCUUGUUAGGAAGAAAUCUUGAACAGAGAGCUAAAAUCAAAGCAACCAGUGAUAUGACUGGACUUCUCAGUAUUUUACCAUCAAAAGCUCGGCUUUUGGUCAAUGAUGAUGCAAAAGAGUUGGGUUCAAUGGUUGAAGUUCCUUGUAGCAGUCUUUCUGUUGGAGAUCAAAUUAUUGUACUUCCUGGAGAUCGUGUUCCAGCAGAUGGAAUUGUCAGAGCUGGUAGAAGUACCGUUGAUGAGUCUAGUUUCACAGGAGAGCCACUGCCAGUGACCAAAUUACCUGGGAGUCAAGUUUCAGCUGGAAGCAUAAAUCUUAAUGGAACCCUUACAGUUGAAGUGCGGAGACCAGGGGGUGAGACUGCUAUGGGAGACAUUUUCCGUUUGGUGGAAGAAGCACAAAGUAGGGAAGCUCCUGUACAGCGGUUGGCUGACAAGGUGUCUGGGCACUUUACAUAUGGAGUAAUGGCACUUUCUGCUGCUACGUUUAUGUUUUGGAGUCUGUUUGGUGCACAUAUUCUACCUGGUGCUUUGUAUCAAGGAAGUUCGGUCUCAUUGGCACUGCAGCUCUCUUGCAGUGUUCUGGUGGUUGCUUGCCCGUGUGCGUUAGGCUUAGCCACACCAACUGCUGUGCUGGUUGGAACUUCAUUAGGGGCAACAAGAGGACUGCUGUGGCGUGGUGGAAGUAUCUUAGAGAAGUUUGCAAUGGUGAACACUAUUGUAUUUGACAAAACGGGGACUCUUACAAUUGGCAGGCCUGUUGUGACAAAGGUUGUGACUCCUGGAUGCAUGAGAAGUACAGAUUCAAAAGAAAAUGCCCAUCAUACAUGGUCUGAAGUUGAGGUUCUCAAGUUAGCUGCUGGAGUGGAGACAAAUACAGUUCAUCCGGUUGGGAAAGCAAUUGUGGAAGCUGCUCGGGCUGUUGAUUGUCAGAAUGCAAAGGUGGUGGAUGGAACAUUCAUUGAAGAACCUGGGUCUGGUACUGUAGGAAUCAUUGAGAACAAAAAGGUCUCUGUUGGCACAUUGGACUGGAUUCAAAGGCAUGGAGUUAAUGAGAAUCCAUUUCAAGAAGUGGAGGAUGUUAAGAAUCAGUCUGUCGUCUAUGUUGGAGUAGAUAAUGCACUUGCUGGUAUUAUUUAUUUUGAGGAUCAAAUAAGGGAAGAUGCUGGAUAUGUCGUUGAAUCUUUGACUAGGCAGGGAAUUAACAUAUAUAUGCUGUCUGGGGACAAGAGAAGUACUGCUGAGCAUGUUGGGUCCGUUGUUGGUAUUCCAAAAGAAAAGGUGCUCUCUGGAGUUAAACCCGAUGAGAAGAAGAAAUUCAUAAGCAAACUUCAGAAGGAUCAGAAUGUUGUAGCCAUGGUUGGUGAUGGAAUUAAUGAUGCUGCAGCCUUGGCUUCAUCAGAUGUUGGAAUUGCUAUGGGCGGGGGUGUAGGAGCUGCUAGUGAGGUGUCUUCUAUUGUGCUGAUGGGCAACAGGCUCUCGCAGUUGCUUGAUGCUUUGGAGCUUAGCAGGCUAACGAUGAAGACUGUCAAGCAAAAUCUCUGGUGGGCUUUCGCAUACAACAUAGUUGGAAUUCCAAUUGCUGCUGGAAUGUUGCUGCCAGUAACUGGGACCAUGUUGACUCCAUCAAUUGCUGGAGCCCUCAUGGGUUUGAGUUCUAUUGGUGUGAUGGCCAAUUCAUUGCUUUUGAGAUUCAAGUUUUCCUCAAAACAAAAGCAGAUAAAUGGUUCCUAUGCAAAUGCCAAAAGUCAAUUUGGACCCUGAUCUUGUGGACCAAAAGGACAAAUUAGAGCACCAUUGUUCUGAUGCCAGAUGGAGAAAACAUAAUCAGAAAAACAUAGCUAAUGGAGAGCCGCAUAACAAAGGAGAAUGAGAUAUUCUAACCUUUACCCUAACAGAAAAUUUUGAAGGAAGAAAUGAAACCAUGAUUUUCUACAGAUUCCUUUUAAAUUUUGGAGGAAUGAAAGUUUAACCUUAUUGCUUCUGAGAAUAUAAACUUCAAUGUCUUAAGAGGAUUGUAAGUGUUGAAUUCAAUUGCUAUAGAGGUGGAACUAAUGACGACUUGCUUUGGAACGACGAAAUCCUGACUGAGGUCUACUUUUUAUCCAACUAUUCUCCUGGAAGAUUGAUGACUGAUAACUAUGCUUUUGGCGGCUACAUGGUAAGGAAACAUGGCUGGCCAUUUGACCUCAAUACUAGUCAAUAGUGGUUUUUGAAAGUUGAAGUGUUGUUUAUCAUUGAAAGUUUUGUAGCGACUAUAUCUGGCUGUAUAAUUUGAAAAGCGUUGCAGCGGACAAUAAAUAACAAAAUAAAAAAAGGACAAAAGUUUAGUUAUAAAAUCGGUUGUAAUCUGCUACGACCUUACUUGAUAAAAUAAAAAAUUACUAUAUAUUUUGAAAUUCUAAUAGCUAAAUUGCAUGUUCUUUACACUCUCAAUACAUAUGUCAAAUUUUAUGUCAAUUAAUAUUAUUUACUAUAUAAUUUAUAAACUUAUAUUUUAUACAUAUUUUAAAUUAGAAAAACUUGCAAUUUAAACUAUUUAUUGGUGACAUAGUUAUUGAUUUUUAAUUUUAUAGAAAUUUUGCUAGUAUAAAGGAUAUAAGAAAAAGAUGUAACCUAAUGGUGAAUUUGUCAAAAUUUUUCUCUAAUAAAAAGAUAUUGAGUAAGGUUGUAGUCUUAGAAUAUAAUCAAUUUUGUAGUUAAACUUUAUUAAAAAAAAAAAAAAAAAAAAAGAAAGAAAGAAAAGAAAAGAGGAGUUUGUUAAGAAGUGCUUGUAAUUUGACUGUUAGUAUUGUGGGGUAGCUUAAAAAAAUGUUCUGACAUGUUUUACUUUUUAUGUUAUUUUCAAUUCAAUACUUAGAAGUCAGAUUAUAGGUGAA